AUGCCUGCGCGCACUCGUCAAGGUCCCUCCACCGUCACGGAGGUCGUGGAGCCCGAAGAGACGUCCGGAGGCCUUCGCAGUCUCAAAUUCAAUCAGCCGCUUUCCUGGCGCGUGGGGAGGGCCAUCCCCAUCGCCGAUUUGCUUCAACGUCUACAGACACUCGCGCAGGAGCUUCGCAAACUCGAACAGGAGGAGAUUGAUAAGGAAUCCCUGCGAAAGGUCUCGCAGGAGUUGGCGACGGCGAAUCUGCUGGCUCAUAAGGAUAAAGGAGUUCGAGCUUGGACGGCUUGCUGCAUUGUUGAUGUCUUGCGUCUUUGCGCGCCUGACGCGCCGUUUACGGGGAAUCAACUCAAGGACAUUUUCACUUGCUUCGUGACCUCCAUCAUCCCCGCUCUUGGGGAUCCAUCCAAUACCUAUAAUGCUCAACACAUCUACGUUCUCAACUCCCUGGCGGAAGUGAAGAGUAUCGUGCUCAUGACCGACUUGGAUCAGCCGGACUCAUUGAUUAUCCCGCUCUUCACCACAUGUUUCGACAUCGUCUCCGGUUCCUCAAAGGCCUCAACGGGGGAGGAAAUCGCCAAGAACGUGGAGUUUGACAUGACCCGCCUGUUGGUGACUGUGAUCGAUGAGUCGCCAGUCCUCGCGCCCGACGUGGUAGAUAUCAUCGUGGCACAAUUUCUGCGUGUUGACCCCCGCGUGCUGGAACCCCUGAACAAGAGAAGCAAGAAGGCAGAUACGCCGGUGGACUCGAAACAGGGCACACUCCUGCUCAAGGACUACCCGCCAGCGUAUAACAUGGCCAAGGCCAUAUGUCAAGCGUGUCCAGAGAGGAUGACGAGUCAUAUCAGUCAAUAUUUUAACAAUGUAAUCAUUGACGCUUCUGGCUCUGGGGGCACAAAAGGGUCCUCGAAACAUCAUCGCAAACCGAAUCUUGACGAAUCCGACGAGGAGGCUGAGGAUGUCAAGGAGUUGAGUAAAGCCCACCGUCUUAUCCGGGAGCUCUGGAGGGCCUGUCCCGAUGUGCUGCAGAAUGUGGUUCCCCAACUAGAGGCCGAAUUGUCCGCUGAAUCAGUAUCAUUACGUUUGCUGGCUACACAGACGAUAGGUGAUCUCACUGCUGGUAUUGGAGUUGCCGGUCUACCUCCACCGCCGCCAAUGGAUCCUGCAGGUUACCCACCGGUAACCUUGGCAGAGUAUGCGCAAAUGAUCCCUCAGCCCAACGUGCUCGUCAAGCCUUUGUCCCCGAAGCCAUUCUCCCAGGCACACAGCUCCACAUAUGAAAGCUUUCUGAGCCGGCGCUUUGACAAGUCCGCUUCCGUUAGAGCUGCCUGGGUCACUGUCAUAGGCCGCAUUCUACUGACAUCUGCAGGUGGCUCUGGUCUCAGUGAGAACGAGCAGCAGACUCUCAUCGAGAAUCUGUCAUCAAUGCUUCGGGACGCAGAUGAGAAAGUCAGACUGGCGGCAGUUGAUGCGAUCGGAAUGUUCGGUCUGUCAGAUGUUGUGAACAAACUCGGAUUGGGUGGCGGCUUCUCGACUCCAGAUUCGUUGCUUGCCGUCCUUGCAGAACGAGUCAAAGAUCGGAAGUCUCAGGUACGAGAGCAUGCGACGAAGACUUUGGCACGGAUCUGGGCCGUUGCAGCGGGCGACAUCGAGGAAGGGAACGAACAGGUGGUCUCUCUACUCAAGGACGGGCCGUCAAAGAUCUUCGAUGCUUACUAUACAAAUGACCCGGAGAUCCAUAUCUUAAUUGAUCGUGUGCUCUUCGAGAUUCUCCUUCCCCUCAAUUAUCCUCCGAUCAAGCCCAAGCUAUCACGGAGCGGCUCCAGUCAAUCUCAGAAACAGAAAGAAUCACAAAGUGCUGAGGCCGAUAGCGAUGCCGACAUCGACAAGAUACGUGUUCGUCGCAUUCUCACUCUACUCGCGGGUCUAGAUGACAAGGCCAAAAAGGUCUUCUACGCGAUGCAGGGUCGGCAAAUCUCUGUCAGAAACUUUGUGGACUUCUACCUAAAGGCGUGCGAGGAGUACAAUGGAGGAGUAGUGGAGGAGAAUGAGGAUCAAAUCAAGACUAAACUAUCUCGGGUUAUCGAUUCGCUCUCCAAAACCUUCCCAGACUCGUCGCGAGCAUCCGCGGAUCUGUGGAAGUUUGCUAAAGUUCACGACCGUCGUAACUACCAGCUUAUUCGCUUCGCGAUGAAUGUUACCAGUGAUUAUCGCACUGUCGUCAAGGCCAUCAGAGAGCUGGCGAGACGCAUUCAGAGUGCCAACAAUUCGUCACUGCUCGAGACAUUCACUCCAUUGCUGUACCGCAGCAGUUCACUGAUCUUUAACCGAAGUCAUACGCCGGCGAUUAUGGAACUCUCUCGGACAGACGAGCAUGGUCUCGCCAACCCGGCACACGAGAUUCUACGGGAGAUUUCGGCUAAGAACCCAGAAGUGUUGGAAGCUCAAGUUCAAGAAAUGUGCAAAGACCUCGAGUCGCAAGCUCCAAAGGCCACAACUACCACUGCCGGCGGGACCGAAGAGAUUCUCAAGGCCUGCUCCGGGUUCGCACGAAAACUUGCCGAUAAACUCCCCAAAGAUCGCAAGUUCCUACAGGCUCUUAGAAGCUACGCUCUUCAUAGCCCAUCCCCUCGAGCCGCCAAACAUGCCGUCUCAAUCCUCAUGGCGGUCGCUGAUAAAAGAGAAAUGUACGCGAAGGAUUUGGUCCAAGCAUGUGUUUCGAAGUGGAAAUACGGAUCCGAUCGUUUCCUGACUAAAUUGGCAACGUUGUCGCAGCUGAAUCUCUUGGCUCCAUCGGAAGCGGAUGAAGAAAGUGACGCCAUCAUCUCGAUCGCUGUCAACCAGAUUCUUCUAACAAAUCGUUCCCCUCAGCCAGACGCCGGGUACUCCUGGUCAGAUACUGUGGACGAUGAAACCGCUGCUAAGGAGUGGGCUCUUAAAAUCAUUGUCAAUCGGCUUCGAGCCAAGAAAGGUUCGGACGGCGAUGACGAUUUCCGUGCCCACGCCGUACCUGUAUUCGAGACAUUGAAUAAGCUCGUGGCGAAUGAGGGCGAGUUGUCAAAGAAGAAGGACACACCAGCAACGCAGAAAUCACGCCUUCGCCUCCUGGCCGCCAAGUCACUUGUCAAGCUGUGCGCAACAAUUGGUCUAUGCGACCAACUGCUUACACCGCUGGACUUCAAUUCGAUUGCCCUAGUGGCUCAGGAUCCCAUCGUAGCCGUGAGAAGCGGCUUCAUUUCCCAGCUCAAGAAGAGACUUGUGCAAAGGUCGCAUCUGAGCUACCGCUGGUAUAUCGUUCCCUGCCUCCUUGCGUUUGAACCGAAUGCUAGCUUGAAGGACAGCACCCUUACCUGGCUACGGUCUCGUGCGGCAUUCUUCUCACAGCAGGUUCAGAGCAAUGGCCAGAAGGAGACUGUCAUGGAGUCAAUCUUUUCUCGUCUUCUCUCUCUCCUCGCAUACCAUCCAGAUUACCCCUCUGCCGACCUGGAUGAAGCGACACAGGUCCGCGACCUAACUGAUUUUGCACGCUAUAUCCUCUUCUAUCUCACGGCCGUUGCGAAUGAGCACAACUUGUCGUUGAUAUUCCAUGUCGCGCAGCGGGUGAAGCAGACGCGGGAUGGCAUCACCAAGUCAGACAAAAUCAGCACCCGUCUUCACACGCUUUCGGACUUGGCACAAGCAACGAUUCGUCGCUUUGCGGACAUCUACUCCCUGCAGCGCAGAUUUGGCGGAGGCGCUGGCGCUGCUAGCAUCCUCCAGACUUACCCUGGCAAGGUCGGAGUGCCAAGCUCAAUCUUUGCUCGGAUGAAAAGCCACGAAGAAGCCCAGGAGGUCGCUGAAAAGAACUUCCUUCCUGAAGAUGCUGAAGAGCUUCUCGAUCGUCUUGUUCGGUCUGUCAUGAAAGCAAAGAAUGGAUCGUCGAGUAACGCGCAAGUCAAGAAGAGAAAACCAGAGGCGGCCGACACGAACGGUAACAAUGGCUCUGCCAAGAAAGCCAGAAAGGAAAAAGAGAAGACAUCACGGCCCCGCAGAUCCUCUGCUGGUACAACCUCGAAAACACCCAAGAAAAAGAAGAAGGGUGAGGACGGGUGGUCCUCUGAUGAGGGGGAUGCCGCUGCAGAAGUGACAACAUCUGCUCGGAGACGCAGCAACCGCGGAACAUCGAAAAGGGUCAGUUAUGUGGACAAGGACAGCGACGAGGAUGACAUGGAAGUGGAUGAAUGGGGACAAGAGGAUAAUGAGCAAGAGGAUAACGAAGAUGAGGCAGAAAGUGAGAAUGCCAGCGACGCCGAAGAGAAAGUCGACGAUGAAUCAGAUAACGAAGAGCAGUUGAGUGAAGCCGAAGAACUAGAGGAUCCAGAGGAACCCUCAGAGACAACCGUUGCAAAGACGGAAAAGGAAAAGCCCGAGGCGAAGAACAAACGCAGUGAUAAGACCGCUACGUUGCCAACGAGAAGAUCCUCUCGAAGGGGCUAA